GAUUUUAUGUGACGUGAGAAACAGUAUGGAUGAAUACGUCCGAGAACCUUGCCCAUGGAGGAUCGUGGAUGAUUGUGGCGGUGCCUUCACCAUGGGCGCCAUCGGCGGGGGCGUUUUCCAGGCUGUCAAGGGCUUCCGAAAUGCCCCGGCGGGAUUGCGGCACCGAUUGAGCAGCAGUGGGAACGCUGUGAGAAUGCGAGCCCCACAGAUAGGAGGAAGCUUUGCUGUGUGGGGUGGAUUGUUCUCUACCAUAGACUGUGGUCUGGUUCGUCUGAGGGGCAAAGAGGACCCCUGGAACUCCAUCACCAGUGGGGCCAUGACGGGGGCAGUGCUGGCAGCAAGAAGUGGCCCCCUGGCUAUGGUAGGGUCAGCCAUGUUUGGUGGAAUUCUCCUGGCUCUGAUUGAGGGGGUUGGAAUCCUACUAACCAAAUACACAGCACAGCAGUUCCAGAACUCGAGCCCCUUUAUGGAGGACCCAAGUCAGCUUCCCCCAAAGGACACAACUCAGGGCUACAAAGGAUUUGGACAAUACCAGUAAGCUUGGAGAAGCUGGACUGGAGAUCGAGAUCAGGGGUGUGUGGCCUAUUCUGAUCCUCAGAGACAUUUGGAUAUGUUGACAAGCCUGUGCUGAGUGAGACAUGAAAUGUACACUCUUGUACAUCGGAAGUCCUCAUAUAUUAACCCCCUCCCUGAGGCCAGGCUGCAAUUCAUUUUCACUUUUAUAUUUCUAAAUGUGUAAAUACUUCUCACCAAAGACUUGGCAAUUGCUUAAAUACUGAACUUGAAUCACUGGAAAUUUUUACACCAUGAAGUUGGAGUAAAGUGAAGGUUUGAUAUGCAUUUCAACCUCACUGAAAUGGACAGAGCCUUUAUCCUGAGGGGAAUAUCACGUAAGGAUCCAUGUAGCUGGCUCACGCUUCAUACCCACUACAGGUUUGAGGGUGAGGGAGAAGCAGUAGGUUUUACUGAAAGUUUGGAGAAAGGUUAAUUACACACGCACUAUGUUGUUAUAGGGUUGGUUUCUAAUCUUUUGUUACCUUACUCUACUUCUUAAAACCUACUUCAGUGUUGUGAGUCCCCCAGUCUAUAACAGCAGGAGCCUAUCUAGGGAUUCUUAUGGCACCAUGUAUCACAUCUGACUGAACAUGUCUUCACUUACUUGCUUUUUCUUUAAACCCAUGUCAUAUUUUUACCUUUAUAUAAAGCAGGAGAAUAUUGCAAUAAUAGGUAUCAUUUAAAAAGGUAAAACAGAAGGAUCCUUAUGGGUCUGAAUCAGCAACCCAGUGUUUCUCCCCGGUUGUCUUCAUGUCUCCUCCACACUCUUUUAGUGUGAUUUAUAAAGACAUUUUAAAAGUAUACUUGUGGUUUGCUUUUAAAAGCAGUGAUGGAGAGGAUAGUCUGACAUGAGUUUAUUUAUUAUACAACAGUAAUACUGACAGUUUGAAAUUACAGCAAAGCUUUUGAAGAAUAAAGCAUUCUGUGGUGCUUUUA